UCUGUCACCAUGACAACGAUCAGACUAUGUACUUCCGGUACUGUUCAGACUCGCUUCCGGUACGGUGGAAACAUGGCGGCGCCCGUGUCUCUGAAGCUUGAGUUUGGAGGCGGUGCAGAGCUGCUGUUUAAUGGAAUAAAGAAGCAUCACGUGACGUUGCCUAGCCAGUCAGCUCCUUGGGACAUUAGACAGCUGCUGGUGUGGAUCAAAGGUAAUCUGUUGAAGGAACGUCCAGAGCUCUUCAUUCAAGGAGAUACAGUGCGCCCCGGAAUACUUGUUCUUAUUAAUGACGCGGACUGGGAGCUCAUGGGAGAGCUUGAUUAUCAGUUGAAGGAUCAAGAUAAUGUGUUGUUCAUCUCAACAUUACAUGGCGGAUAACAGAAGAGACAUCAUGGACUAAAAUCCUUUAGAUUUUUUUGAAAUUGUCUUUAAAGUCCUUCGUCGGUAUCGUGGGUCAUGCUUGAAGCUUCAGAAAGCAACAUUCAUUUCUCAAGGGGAACAUAUUUACGUAGCCCAUGGUAAAGAACUAUGGCUCACGUCCCAUCUCGCUUUCCAUCAUCUGAUAUUCACCUAAACUUCUGCAAAACGGGAUUGCCUUAUAAAAUAUUCCAGCUUUGCCAAAAAUAUCAUAAUAAAAGCAACGUUAUUUUUUA